AUGUCCGGCUACAACGACUACAACAACCAGCAAGGCUACGGCCAGCAAGGUUAUGGCCAGCAGGGCGGCUACAAUCAACAACAAGGCUAUGGCCAGCAGCAGCACGGCUACAACCAAGGCCAGUAUGACCAAGGCCACAACCAAGGACAGCAGCAGCACGGCUACGGCCAGCAGCAGCACCAGGGCGGUUAUGACCAGAGCGGCUACAACCAACAAGGAUACCAACAGCAAGGCCAUGACUACAACCAGAAUAGCCAGCAACAUGGCUAUGGCGGCCAGCCUCAAUAUGGACAAGACCAAUCUGCACCAGGCGGCGCUCAAGAGGGCGAGCGUGGAAUCGGAGGAGCCAUUGCUGGCGGUGUCUCCGGUGGUUUCCUUGGCGGCAAGGCCAACCAUGGUAUCCUAGGAGCCAUCGGAGGAGCCAUCGCUGGCCACUUGGCCGAAGAGAAACUCAAGAAGCACGGAAACAGCCAUGGAAGUGGCAGCCACGGCGGAAGCUCUUUCGGCUCCAUGUUCGGCGGUGGAAAGCAUUAG